AUGUCUACGUGCUUACACCCAGCCGGCGCUAGCAAGUCAGGCGACCCCAUCUCGCUCAAGCGACCAUAUGACGCUAUGGACCAGGCCGCUGGCGACUCUGCUGGUACGCACAACCCGAGGACACGCCCGUACCCUCGACAGACCGCCCUGGAGACACGCUCGCUCGGACGCGGCGACGACUCCCGCUUCAAGUUGGCUGUCGACGACGCUCAUACCGCACCCGCUCUCGGACUCGGAGCCUCGACUACACCUGGUUCUACCGCUGCGAAAAAUGAACCUGGGACUGCUAUUUCAAGCUCGUCUGGCUACUCGCUCGAGGGAGCCUGCGGGAUAGUCAACGUUGGCUCUGCGAGGUGGUCCGUGGACGCGUCCGAGUCUGGCCUGGCUGCGCCCCCCGAACGACAUCCUGCCCUGGUCACUGGCAAGAACGGCGCCCUCGACGCGGUCUCCUCGCGGUCCCUGGAUAACACGAACACGAACACGAACACGAACACGACUCAGACUGGAGACUUCCCCCACCGACUCGGAGUCCACUCGGAGGACGGCGGCUCCGACUCCGCGUCGCGCACGGCGGACCUCGAAUGUCCCUAUUAUCAACGCGCCACGGGGCUCCUCGCGAUUCUGACUGAGCAGAUCGAACGGCUCGAGGCGGAGCUCGCGGACGCGCAGCGCGAGUGCAGGCGCAGGGCGGCGUCGGUCUGCGCACGGGGCAUCGGACGCGAUGCGGCGAUGUGGCUGAGCUGCGGUGGGGCUGGAUGCGCGUCGCUCCCGCGGGAUAUGAUCUGCGGUGGGCGUGACACGGGCGUUACCGGCCAGCCCGCCCUCCCGAGCGUCGUCCGCGGAAGAUUGUUGCCGGCGAUUCAGAGCUCCCACAAGGGCUCCACGCGUCGACUCGACGCCUCAUGA